CUUCUCUCCUUUUCCAUAUAUAUAAAUUUAUUUUAUAUUGACUUUAUCUCUUCUUUUUUUUUUUUUAAUUGAGAGAGAGAGAGAGAAGUCAACAAUCUCAUCAUGCCUACUUCUACUUAUUAUCUUAAUUAUGACUUGGUACAUCAUCCCAUUAAAGACACUAUUUAUAUGUUAACGGGGUUACUGGAAAAAAUUACAAAGACAAAUGAUCGAUUACAACAACAAACAAAUUUUGGACCUUUCCAUGCUCGUGCGAUACCUUCCAUUGAUAUAGAAUCUUAUCUUUUACGUAUUGUAAAAUAUUGCCCUUGUGCCAAUGAAUGUUUUCUUAGUCUCUUGGUAUAUUUUGAUCGUAUGGCUCGAAAUAGGACUCAAUUACGUUUGGAUUCUUAUAAUAUUCAUCGUUUGGUGAUUUGUGGUGUGAUGAUUGCAAGUAAAUUCUUUUCCGAUGUUUUUUAUACAAAUACUCGUUAUGCCAAGGUUGGCGGAUUACCAGUGAAAGAAUUAAAUCUUUUGGAACUGGAAUUUUUACGGAUGAACGAUUUUACUUUGAAUAUCCAAGUGGAAGAAUUACAACGAUAUGGAGAUCAACUUUUGAUGCAUCAUAGACGAGACCAACUACGCCAGUCUCAUUUACAACUUACACCUCCUCAAAAACAUCUUCCUUAUGUAGAUACUUCACAUUAUACCCAAUCUUCUUUUGUCCUCAAGAAACCUACUUCUACUGUCGCUUGUCAUCGUUUACCUACACCUCCUCCGCUGGAUUCGGAUCCUUUUGUGCCCACUGUUUAAAUCGUAUUUAUAUAUAUAAUUCUUUUUUAGUUUAGUUUUUUUUUUGUUUUUUUGUUUGAUUCCCCCCUUUAUUGUUAUUAUUGUUGUUUGAACA